GCGAACACAGAGCAAAGAAAGAAGAGAACACUUGGUCUUUGUUGGCGCCACAACAGAGAUGGACUCUGUGCUGGACCCGUUCUCCGGACUCGACUCGUUCUCCUCCCCUCCCUACUUCGACGAUGACGAGUUUUUCACCGACCAGUCCUCGCGGGACGGACACUUGGACACUGAUGACUUUCUGGACGACGACGUGGACUUCCUCACCAGUCACUUCCAAGACUACUACUGCAAAGACGGCGACGGCAGAGCGGCGCCGCACGACGCAGACUACGACAUCGGCAACUUGUCCUUCUCCUCCUCCUCCUCCACCUUCUCCUACGGCUGCGCCGACAGCACCCCGGACCUGUCCCCGCAUACGGGCCACCACGGCGGGCCGUUGCUGAAGCGCAGGAGGCGGAUGAGGUCCGAGAUGGAGAUGCAGCAGCUGAGGCAGGCGGCCAACGUGCGCGAGCGGCGGCGGAUGCAGUCCAUCAACGACGCGUUCGAGGGGCUGCGCUCCCACAUCCCCACCCUGCCCUACGAGAAGAGGCUGUCCAAGGUGGACACGCUGCGGCUCGCGAUCGGCUACAUCAACUUCCUGGCCGAGCUCGUGCAGUCCGACCUGCCCAUCAGAAACUCCAGCAGCGAGAUGCACGCGCAGCCCAAGAAGGUCAUCAUCUGUCACAGAGGAACAAGGUCUCCCUCUCCCAGCGACCCGGACUACGGCCUGCCCCCGCUGGCCGGUCACUCUCUGUCCUGGUCGGAUGAGAAGCAGCUCCGGGAGCAGAACAUCAUCCGCACCGCCAAGGUCUGGACUCCGGAGGACCCCCGGAAACUGCACAACAAAUCUGGCAUCACGGACAUAGAAAACGAGCCUCCUUUCGGCCUCGUGGCCUGAAGACCAGAGUCCUCCCGCGGACUCGUCCUGUAAGACGCACAGUGUGAAGACCGCGAUGCGGAUCGAACCUCCCGUGUGUCUACGUGCACUUGAAACUGUGAACACCACGUGAUCUGACUCGUUGUAAAUAGUUUUAUCAUGUUGAUAAUUUUAUUUUUUGUAAUUCAGGCAA